GCUGGGGCUUCCCGCUGAGCCCGCGGCCGCCGGCAGCGGACGGAGUGCGGGCGCCGGGCCGCCGCCUGCGCGCCCCGAGUGGCGCAGGGCUGCCGCCGCGGUGGCGCGGGCGUCGGGGGCUGGACUCGCGCAGGAAUUUUUCAAAUAGAAACUAAUUGCAAAGUUUCCGGUUGACCAGCAUUCAUAGGAAUGAAGACAAACACAGAGAUGGUGUUUCUAAGAAAUUUUAAAAGGUGUAGGCCUCCUGAUUGAAGCAUUGUCAAAUUAUUGGAAUCAUUUUUUUAUUGUUUUUCUGUACUCCUCCUCUAAGGGAAAGUCAUGAUCACACUAACGGAGCUAAAAUGUUUAGCAGACGCCCAAUCAUCUUAUCACAUCCUAAAACCGUGGUGGGACGUCUUCUGGUAUUACAUCACCCUGGUCAUGCUGCUGGUGGCCGUGCUGGCGGGCGCGCUGCAGCUGACGCAGAGCCGGGUUCUGUGCUGUCUUCCGUGUAAGGUGGAAUUCGACAAUCACUGCUCCGUGCCUUGGCACCUCCUGAGAGCCAGCGUGAAUGCGUCCUCCGACCUGGGGCCGCCGCUCCCGCUCCCCCUCCGAAUCCAGAAUGACCUCCACCGCCAGCAGUACUCCUACAUCGACGCCGUCUGCUACGAGAAGCAGCUCCACUGGUUCGCAAAGUUCUUCCCCUACCUGGUGCUCUUGCACACGCUCAUCUUCGCAGCCUGCAGCAACUUUUGGCUUCACUACCCCAGCACGAGUUCCCGGCUCGAGCACUUUGUGGCCAUCCUGCACAAGUGCUUCGAUUCUCCGUGGACCACCCGCGCCCUGUCGGAAACGGUGGCCGAGCAGUCAGUGAGGCCCCUGACGCUCUCCAAGUCCAAGGUUCUGCUUUCAUCCUCAGGGUGUUCGGCUGAUGUGGAUGCCAAUAAGCAGUCCUUGCCCUACCCGCAGCCCGGCAUGGAGUCGGCUGGCAUAGAAAGCCCGACUUCCAGUGUCCUGGACAAGAAGGAGGGCGAGCAGGCCAAAGCCAUCUUUGAAAAAGUGAAAAGGUUCCGCAUGCACGUGGAGCAGAAGGAUAUCAUUUACAGAGUGUAUCUGAAGCAGAUAAUAGUCAAAGUCAUUUUGUUUGUCUUCAUCAUUAGUUACGUUCCAUAUUUUUUAACCUACAUCACUCUUGAAAUUGACUGUUCAGUUGACGUACAGGCUUUCACGGGAUAUAAGCGUUACCAGUGCGUCUACUCCUUGGCAGAAAUAUUUAAGGUCCUGGCUUCGUUCUAUGUCAUCCUGGUUAUACUUUAUGGCUUCACCUCCUCCUACAGCUUGUGGUGGAUGCUGAGGAGCUCCCUCAAGCAAUAUUCCUUUGAGGCGUUAAGAGAAAAAAGCAACUACAGCGACAUACCGGACGUCAAGAAUGACUUUGCCUUCAUCCUCCAUCUGGCUGACCAGUACGAUCCUCUGUAUUCCAAACGCUUCUCCAUAUUCCUGUCGGAGGUCAGUGAGAACAAACUGAAGCAGAUCAACCUCAAUAACGAAUGGACGGUGGAGAAACUGAAAAGCAAGCUGGUGAAAAAUGCCCAGGACAAGGUAGAACUGCAUCUCUUUAUGCUAAACGGUCUUCCAGACAAUGUUUUUGAGCUGACUGAAAUCGAAGUGCUCAGCCUAGAGCUGAUUCCUGAGGUCAAGCUGCCCUCCACCGUCUCCCAGCUGGUCAACCUCAAGGAGCUUCAUGUGUACCAUUCGUCUCUGGUGGUAGACCAUCCUGCCCUGGCCUUUCUAGAGGAGAAUUUAAAAGUUCUCCGCCUGAAAUUCACUGAAAUGGGGAAAAUUCCACGCUGGGUAUUUCACCUGAAGAAUCUCAAGGAACUUUAUCUGUCGGGCUGUGUUCUCCCUGAGCAGCUGAGUACCAUGCAGUUGGAGGGCUUUCAGGACUUAAAAAACCUGCGGACCCUCUACCUGAAGAGCAGCCUGCCCCGGAUCCCACAAGUCAUUACAGACCUCCUGCCUUUCCUGCAGAAACUGUCCCUCAAUAAUGAGGGAAGCAAACUGGUUGUGUUGAACAACCUGAAGAAAAUGGUCCAUCUGAAAAGCUUAGAGCUGCUCAGCUGUGACCUUGAACGCAUUCCGCACUCCAUUUUCAGCCUGAACAACCUGCAUGAGUUAGACCUAAAGGAAAACAACCUCAAAACUGUGGAGGAGAUCAUCAGCUUCCAGCACCUCCAGAAUCUUUCUUGCUUAAAAUUGUGGCACAAUAACAUUGCUUAUAUUCCUGCCCAAAUUGGGGCAUUAUCUAAUCUAGAGCAGCUGUCUUUGGACCAUAAUAAUAUUGAGAAUCUACCCCUGCAGCUUUUUCUAUGCACUAAACUACAUUAUUUGGAUCUAAGCUAUAACCACCUGACCUUCAUUCCAGAAGAAAUCCAAUAUUUGAGUAAUUUGCAGUACUUUGCUGUGACCAACAACAAUAUUGAGAUGCUACCAGAUGGGCUGUUUCAGUGCAAAAAGCUGCAGUGUUUACUUUUGGGGAAAAAUAGCCUGAUGAGUUUGUCCCCUCACGUGGGUGAGCUGUCGAACCUUACUCAUCUGGAGCUCAUUGGCAGGGUGUCUGGUGCUUGGCAGAAUUCCUUCUUGGUUUUUUACUUCCUGUCCCAGCUUGAUUGAGUCUUCCUUCCUGUGGUUUUCUCUUAACAAUGAUGAACCUGAGAAAGUGCCUGCUUUGGGCCUCUGCCUAGGACAGGAGCAGGGUACUUAGGACAUGUCACCCUUGGGACAUCCUGAAAAUCCAUGUCUUCUCCAAGAUGUCUUCUUGUGUAUCAUCAAAGCUUUUUUUUUUAUUUGCUCGUAAGUGUUUAUAUUAAAUGUAAAACAUAAAUAUUUUUAUUGCAUAAUCUUGGAUUCAAAAUCUGUGGGAAUAAUUUUUGUAAGGUACAGAGAACACAUGCAUAUCUGUAAGAAUUUACUAUUAACUUGCUUGGGGUGUUUUUUUUGCCUGCUUAUGAUUCUCAUGUUUGUGUGCAUUCUCCAAAAUGUUUUUGUACUCUGCAACUAAUUACUUUUGGAUAACAAAAGCCUUGUGUUUCAUGCCCUAAAAUAUGUAAGGGUUUCCUUAUAAAAGGAUGGCCACAUCAUCUACCUCUCUCUUCCCUUGUUGCUGUGCUAUUAUUGUACGGGUACAAUUCUUAAUAACUUCAGAAACUGUGAUGGAGGGGAGAGGUAGAGAUUUCAAUCUUUAAAACUGACUUCAAAAUAUCUUGUAGAAAUUAAGAGUUAAACCAAAACACUUUACUUUCUUCUCCAUCUGCAUGAUCUGUAGAUAUGAUUAUAAUGUAAAACACUCAGCCUCUAUUCAUAGUUUAAAAUGAGUUCUCAAAGCUCACAAAGAAAUAAACCCAUUUAACUGGAAUUCAUCUCAUGCUUCUGGUUAACUUUUCUGGAAUACAAUUUGCUCUUUUUUUAUAAAGAGCUUUUGUGUUUGGCCUUCUACCGUGCAUAUUGUAAAACGAAAAUCAACGGACUCAUUUUGGGUAAAUGUACGUUUUUAAUGUGUUUCUCUAGGCAUUAUGAUGCCAUCUAAUUUUUGGUGUGACUAUGAAGUAAUUGAUUAACCGCACCUAGACAAAACUGGAAAAACACUAUGGGUAAAGAGUACCGUAAACAUGGAAUUGUGAUGUUUGCUGUUUUUCUUGCUUUGCCCAUUCCAAAAAGAUGAAAGUGAGUCUUUAUAACAAAAUGUAGCUUCCCUUUCCUGCCACACACACCUGGACUGAAUCUCAGAGAAAGAAUUGUUUGCGUCAGAUGAAUUUGAAUAAUAUUAGCUAUAAAAAUUAUAAAACACCAAAGGCUGCCUAAACCUUAUGGUUUAUUCUGAAUGAGAAGGAAUGGUGUAAAAAUGUAAUUCUUACCAAAACUUGCCUUUAGUCAGAACAUUCAAGUUCUCAGGGACCCAGGCAUAACUGAUGAAACUUUCUUCUAGGACUUCAGAAAACAGAUUCUGACUAUAUCUAGAGUUCUUUUUGUCAUUUUUCCUAUUUUUAAUGUGAGUUGAUGCUCAUUUUCAUAUUUCACAAUAGAAUUGUCAUGUGUGUUGAUCCCGUGUUAGAUAAGAUUAUCUUAAGUUUUGGAUGUGAACAAGAAACAUGGAGAGGUAUGUUCUCAGAACAUAAAUGUUUGGGAACAAAUAAAUAGCCAUAAUUUGUAUGAAAAUUUUCAUCCUCUUUUCUAAAGAAGAGUUUUCAAAACAAAUUUUAGAUUGUUACCAUUUUCCUGACAAACUAGUUCUCCCUGGCUAGUCACUGGUUGUAUUCACAUGCAAAAGUCAUUGGAUAAUCUUCCUUAUCACCUCUCUCAAUUUCUGAAAGUGAGUUACUAUCAGGAUUAAUAGUGAAUAUUGUAAGCUUCUUUCCAAACAUAAGGGUGUAGUAACUGGUGCAAACUCUGUUCUCAAUGCCCUUAAAAAGUUCUCAGAUUUUUUUCUUAUUUCAUCCUUACACACCAGUGUUUAGGUAGCUUUUGAAAUGACGUCACACCAAUGCAAUGAACUCUGAGACCACCACCUGACACACCAAAGGGGUUUAAUGCCACCUUUCCUGCGUGGUUGGAACAGAUCAUUUUAUAUGUGUUCAUAUUCAUGUAUGGGGAAUUUAAAUGGAGAAAAUGAAGUUGGUUCACUUGUAAUUGUGAGACUUUAGUUGGCAUUUGAUUUCCAAGAAUGUGCAGUACAUUUUCCAAAAAAUAAACAUGGAUGUUAUUCAGAACAAAGUUAAUGGCAUUGGUUCAUUUUAUUUGCAUGCAUACACACAUAGAGACAUGCAUAUACCUAUAUAUGCAAAAUGUAACAUGAGUCUUGGAUAUGUGUAGUAUUUUUUCCCAAAGUUGCAAGAGGAUAUUUUUUAUUCAUAUCUCAUAAUUAUGGAGUGUCUUUUUUUCUCUUAGUUACAUUUUUUAGAAACUGAUUGCUCAACCUUAGCCUGAGAACCUAAGCAGUUUUAAGCAUUUCUGGUAAGAUAUAGUGUUCCUUUCCUAACCUACAUCAGGGUGACUCUGUGACACAUAGAUACUGUGUUUUCAUUCUUCAUCCUCAGUCUUAAUUUCCCCCUGGAUGUCACCAUAUGUCACUGUUGCGUAAAGAAUGUUUGUGUGAAACAGGGUAGAGAUCCUCAGAAUCUCAGCACUGUGGCUUACACAGCAUGUGUGUGCUGUGGUGAGCUGCACUGAGGUAUUUGCAGACCUUUGUUGGAUGGUGAAAAUAUUUGUUUUUGUUCAAGUGCUUCAUGAUUCAAAUUUUGUAUGUUUAAUUAAAACUGCAUAAUAUUGAUGGGUUCAGAAACUAUUAUAAUAAACAAUUCUGUGGAUUUAUAGCUUUAUUUCCUUGUAUUUUCAAUAAAAUGCUCUUUCCAUCUU